AUGACAAUCACAAAAGAAAAGGUUCAAGAGAUCUUGAACAAAACUGCCCUCCGCUCUCGAGGCGCAGGAGGUGCCAUCGCCGUCGUCAAAGAUGGCGAGGUCAUCGGCCAACGCGUUUGGGGAUUCGCCGACCUGGACCAACGGAUCCCCAUGACAUCUCAAACGCAAAUACCCAUCUGUUCAAUUACCAAACAGUUUGUGUGUGCCCUAUUGAUUGACCUGGAGCGCAACCCAACCCCAACAUUAGCUGCAAAGGGCGAUGCCCGGAAACAGCUGUCAGAUCAUCUCACAGAAAUACUAAGCCCGGAGCUCACACGUGACGGCGAACUGACAGUUGAUCGGCUAUGCGACAUGCAAUCCGGUAUGCGCGACUACUGGGCUAUGACCACACUGUGGGGAUCCAAGCCCGACGACGAGUUCCUGAUAGCCAGAGACUGUGGUCCACUGCUUGCCCGAACCAAGUCAUUCCAUUUCCAGCCGGGAACGGAAUAUUCCUACUGCAAUGUCAACUUUCACGUACUUGCCCGAGUAAUUGAACGUGCUACUGGGGAGUCUCUCGACAAAUUGCUCGAAGAGCGAAUCCUCCGACCGGCUGGUAUGAGCACAGCAUUCCUUUGUCCGAACACCGCACACCACCCACCGCCAUGUGUCGGGUAUGAGGGUGACGAGCAGCACGGUUUCACAGCGGCUGUUAACAGAAUGGAAUGGUCUGGCGAUGCUGGAUUAGUGGCCUCACUCACUGAUAUGAUCGCGUACGAGAAGUAUCUCGAUCGCUGCUACGCUGAUCCGCAAAGCUGGUACCACACCGCUAUUGUUGCCCCGAAGUUCAAAGAUGGUACUCCUGCGAAGUACCGCUAUGGACUAAGUCACACUGACAUCGAGGGUGUGAACACGAUCGGACAUGGUGGAGCGUUGCGAGGGUAUCGACUGCACCGGCGACACGCACCACGUGAGCGGUUGUCCGUUGUCGUUAUGUUUAACAGUGAUGCCGGCGCAUUCGGCCCCAACAUUGAUAUCUUCCGAGAGCUGUUGGAAUUACCCAAGCCCGUGACAGCGUCCAUUCAGGCUGAUGCGAGUUGGGUCGGCGCGUUUCUUGACCAAGAUACCCAGCUGUCGAUUGUCAUCACCAAGGGCGCACGGGACGGAGAGGUUGCCAUCAGCUAUGACGGCGCCGCCGAUACUAUCAAUCUUAGCUCACCGAAUCAUGGGAAAUCUGAUUCGGCAGUCGCGACAAUUGAUGGAGAUUACUUGAGUAUUCAUCGUGUGGGAGAUAACCGUAUACUCAGUGCUCGGCGUAUUGUCCCGAAAGAAUUAAUCCUUAAAAAGACUGCAUUCCAGGGCGUCUACCACUGUGACGAGAUUGAAUCUACCUUCCAUUGCAUUGGCGAAUAUGGCGUGCUAUACGGGGCGUUUGAUGGAUAUCUGGGUCAAGGAAAUGCAACUCCCAUGAAAUAUCUGGGAGAUGACGUUUGGGUCUUGACUUGCCCACGUGGUUUGGAUGCGCCAGCUCCGGGAGACUGGACCAUUGUCUUUUCUCGGGAUGAACAUGAUGCAAUCCAAGGAUUUACGAUUGGUUGCUGGUUGGCUAGGAAGGUCAACUUUGUGAAGAAAGCAUAA